AUGAAGAAAGCCAAUUCUGCAGAAAUCUGGAGAUUCCACCAGAAUUCUGGCUAUGGAGCCUGGUCCGAAUGGGUGGAUGGGGACUGCAGUGUGACCUGUGGCGUUGGCGAGCAGACCCAAAGCCGUACCUGCAACAAUCCGGAACCCGCCAACGGGGGAGCAGAAUGUACGCUGGAGGACGGAACGGCAGGACGGACCGAGGAAAGGAUCGUACCUUGGCCUUGUGACCGAGGACCCUGCCCUAUAGAUGGGGGCUGGUCCGAAUGGGUGAAUGGGGACUGCAGUGUGACCUGUGGCGUUGGCGAGCAGACCCAAAGCCGUACCUGCAACAAUCCGGAACCCGCCAACGGGGGAGCAGAAUGUACGCUGGAGGACGGAACGACAGGACGGACCGAGGAAAGGACCGUACCUUGGCCUUGUGACCAAGGACCCUGCCCGAUAGAUGGGGGCUGGUCCGAAUGGGUGGAUGGGGACUGCAGUGUGACCUGUGGCGUUGGCGAGCAGACCCAAAGCCGUGCCUGCAACAAUCCGGAACCCGCCAACGGGGGAGCAGAAUGUACGCUGGAGGACGGAACGGCAGGACGGACCGAGGAAAGGACCGUACCUUGGCCUUGUGAUCAAGGACCCUGUCCGAUAGAUGGUGGCUGGUCCGACUGGGUGGAUGGGGACUGCAGUGUGACCUGUGGGGUUGGCGAGCAGACCCAAAGCCGUACCUGCAACAAUCCGGAACCCGCCAACGGGGGAGCAGAAUGUACGCUGGAGGACGGAACGACAGGACGGACCGAGGAAAGGAUCGUACCUUGGCCUUGUAACCAAGGACCCUGCCCGAUAGAUGGAGGCUGGUCCGAAUGGGUGGAUGGGGGCUGCAGUGUGACCUGUGGCGUUGGCGAGCAGACCCAAAGCCGUGCCUGCAACAAUCCGGAACCCGCCAACGGGGGAGCAGAAUGUACGCUGGAGGACGGAACGACAGGACGGACCGAGGAAAGGAUCGUGCCUUGGCCUUGUGACCAAGGGCCCUGUCCUGUCCGAUAGGUACAUCUUAAUAAUGAUCUUACAACACGCUCAUGUGAUUCCAACUUUAUUCUUAGGCUUGCAGCGAUGUCAGUGGACUAUCUUUGGGAAACAUCUUGACUAGGCAAAACGUGCAUGAAAACAGCUGAACAUCUAUGGCGACUUCUAGUCUGUGUACUAUAGCAUGUCGUCUAAAUUGUAGUUACAACAGUUGUGUGGUUGUGAACGCUGAUACUCAUAAUCAAUGGGAAAUAUUCGUAAGGAGGAUAACUUGAUAAGCAUUUGUG